AUGACAAAAGCCGAGCAGAAGAAAGCCGUUGAGUUCACCCGCAUGUGCAAGUUCUGGAAGACGAACGAGUGCAAGAUGGGAGCGGAUUGCACCUUUGCCCACGAAUCUUCGGAGCUGCGUCCAAGCCCGAAACGUUGCUUCGAGUUCUCCAAGACCGGCUCCUGCAAGCGCGGGGAGGCCUGCAGGUUUGUUCAUUCUUUGGAUUGCCGAAAGAGCAAGAAACCCAAAGACCUACCAGCUCAGUCCGGCAACAGAGAGGAAGCUGAGCCCAGGAUCAGGCCAGAUCUACAUCCACAAGUUAGACAUAGCCACUCGGGAGAGGAGUUUUUCGACAUGUCCCACUUGCGCCAGCUCGCCCCCCCAGUUGCCUCCGAUUUUGGCGACGAGUUCCGGCCUGACUUGCACAUGAGGGAGAUCGAAGCCUAUGCUCGUGCCGCCAAAAGAGAUCUUCGCCAGACAGCAGGGGCAGGGAUUGUCCUGAAAUCCAGCUUGAGCGAAGCGUUUGAUCCUCAGGAGUUUGCAGCCCUGCAUCCAGCCAACUCGAACAGGAUAGCAUGGCCGGCAGACUCCAAUCAGAACUUGAGGGCUUUGACUUCCAGUUUGAGCACGGCACCUUCGCAUCUCCCCGACGUCCGCCCGCAGUCCUUCUGGAUUUGA